AUGGCAACCGCAUUUGGCCCCGAGCGGCUAACCCGUCCAACUCCCGGCCCAGCGUUCGAUAGCCCUUCCGAUCGAUUCGCUUCCUCAAUGAACUCAUUUGCUGGCCCCCAUUCGGUUGAAUCACAGGCUCAGCUCGAUGAGCCGCCGCCAAACCCUCCAUUCGUCUUUCCAGCCAAACCGCCAGCCCCGGCGUCCGCGCCCUCUUCCUUCUCGCGGGCGACCGGACGUCGUCCAAUGUCGGCCAUUGAGACUCCCAACUUUAGCUUUGGGUUUUCUGCUGAAAAUGCAGACGGACAGUCUCGUUCGGCAUUGCCUGACUUUAGUUUCAACCCUGGUGCUCUACUUUCGCCAGACCGCGAGAACAAUUUUCUCCUGACCCCUCCAAUUUCGCCUCAUUCUCCCAGAAACAUUGCUUCAUCACAGCGACCUGGCGGCCAUGGACAUCGAAGAGGUGGGAGUGAAUUUGUUGGGGGACGGAUCCGCGAGGGCAACUCGAUCGCCAUCAUGAGCACUAGUCCUACCAAGUCAGAGAGUGGACUCGUAACACCGACAUUUCAACCACCAAGAAGAGGCCAUCGACGAGGGAUUUCAGGCGCUAUCUCAACAAAUGACUUACCAAUUCUCCAGCCUCCCGUCUUUGAUGCCGCUGGUCGAGGAAACAGUGCACCGACUAGCCCUACCACCUUCGGCCAGCCUAGUAACCAGCCAUCUCUACCUCUAGAUGAGAAGGUUGUACCUGAGCCUGAAUCUGUUCCUGAACCCGAGGCGCCAAAGGAAACUGAGAAGCUUGUUUCAGUCCCUCCACCGAGCGAGAGCCCCAAGCAACCCAAGGCUCGUGUCGGCUUCUCUGACACGCUUGAGUUUAUCCCACGACCCUUGUCCCUAGUCUCUAAUGAGACUUCCAGUACCGUAACAGCGCGACCUGGGCACUCUGUAUCUGGCAGCAUAUCGUCAAUUGUUUCAGCUGCAUCUCAUAACGGCCGUGAUAGUCCUUCGCCAUUAUCUCAAACAUCAACUCGCGAAAUUUCAGAUUCGAGGCCAAGCACUGCAGGCGCUAUUCUCGAGCGUACUCCUGAUCAAGCUAACACGCCAUCUUCACCAAAACGUCGAAAUUCGAUUCCGACAUUACUCAAUUUUGCUGAGGCUCCCAAAGCGGAAGAUCCUGAACCAAGUCCGACAAGGAAGCGCUGGUCAUUUUUCGUUCGAGACUCAUCAACUGGAAAUACAUCACCUGGCAAGAGACCACAGAGCGCCGGGUCAAUUGAUCUGUUAACAAAGGCAUUGCCCGUGACUGGACACGGAGUUGAUCCAGUUGGCCAAAAUGCUGAAAACGCCACCGUCAAGAGUAAGAGCAGCAAAAAGAGUAAGAAGAAGAAGAAGAAGAAGAAGGUGAAAGGCUGGGCUGGGGCUAUAUUGCCACGAAAGCCUAAAUCUCACAGCAAGCGAUCAAAAUCUGAAGGCGGCCGACCUCCAACUCCUCCAGCCCCUAGAGUCGCUCCAUAUGAAGGCGAGGAUGCCAUGUAUGGAGAGCCUGAAUUGUUGGAAAUUUCGACACCAACUCUCACAGUCACCGAAUCCCCCGACAUCCCUCAAGAUGAAGCACCGAAGCGAUCAGCAGAUGAAUCAUCAUAUCCUAUGAUCGACCUCGAUGCAGCUCUCGGCCCGUUCAACACUCCUCUACCACUCAAUCCAGAGUGGGAGGCAGCGCAACGAGCUGCUGGCGGUGCCGGUAAGCGGCGACUCCAUAGUGCUCAAGGCAUGAAGGGCUUUAGUGGUCCUGGUAUGCAUUAUCAUCGUCGAGCAGAAUCUGCUCCCGAUCUACCUCCAUUUGAUCCAGGCCGUGCUGGCAUGCACCGCUACAACAGUAGUUCAACAAUGGCCGAUGUUUUCGAAGAAGAUGAAGAGGAUGACGACGACAACGCCAGAUCUGGGACAACAGAUGACUCUUCUGAAGAAGAGACUGACUCUGACAGUGAUGCUACACCUCCAGCUGCUGUUACAAGAGAUCCCUUACGUGACUCGCAAGACAAGCUUUCAAUACACAGCUCAAGUCAACCGAACCAGGCCAUGAGACGAACCACCUCCAGCCUGAGUGACAAGGAUCAAAUAUCUGCGACUACGGUGCGGGGUGAGCGCUCGAGGUCAUCUUUACACGAAAGCGUUAUCGCCGAGGAGAUGCCAAGUGUGAUUUUUCGAUCCCCUUUCAUGCCUGCUGAGCGAACCGAGGCUACUGAUUCUACCCCUUCUUCAUUGAGAAGGUUCUCAGGCACCAAGGAUCUGUCACCUGGUGAAGUCAGCCCCUUGCAUCUUCCUGCACCAGCCAAUGUUCCGAACAGCCCUUAUGCUAUGAGCUACUCGUCUUCUUUCCCGUCUCCUCGGUCUCCUAUGUCCGUUGAGGUCCAGCGAAUCUCAACCGCUCCCUCAUCAGUUACCGACGAGAACAACUUUCGGUCUCUGCUUUUGAUGGGAGAGCCUGGACCCGAGGUUCGAGUUUCGGUGGAUUAUGAUAUCCCGUCAUUGACAUCUAGCAACUCUACAAUGACGAGGGAAAGCAUGUUCCUGCCCAGCCAGCGUCAAUCCCAGCCCGCUCUCCGAGAACCUCGACCAGUUUCGGUUUCCUCUGCUGCUUUCGGACGACGUCGAUCGAGUCUUGCCAGCCUCAGCCGUCUCAUCAGUAGCUCGCAUGGUGAACGGAGCAAGCUCUCAAUGGAGGUCACACUGGACAACGACGAGAACCACAAGAAAGCAAAGAGUAGCAGAACGAAGAAACUGGGUCGAAUGAUGCAGUUUUGGAAGCCCGCUAAGGAGAAAGAGGGGGAGGCGAAGUAA